AUGGAUCAAUACGGUAGUCAACCACCGUAUGGAGACGGAGGGAUGCAGAUCCAGCCUUACCACGGCGGUCCAAGAACCGGAGACUUCAGGAGCUAUAGCGCUUCGUACGCAACGGCGACGGAGACCAAAAUAUACGAUAUCAAGAAGGAGAAGUCGAUAACGAGGUCGAAGUCUUGGGGAAUAACGGACCCAGAGCUGCUGAGAAAGAAAAGAGUCGCGAGUUAUAAGAUGUAUAGUGUUGAAGGUAAAGUCAAAGGCUCUUUUAGAAAAAGUUUUAGAUGGCUUAAGCAGAGGUAUACACAAGUCGUCCAUGGUUGGUGA